AUGAAUCACUUACAAAGCCUGCUCCAAGAUGGUCUGAUCUCAACAUCACAUGUGGAACACGCUGCUAUUAUCCGCCGCAAGGACUCAUCUCUUCGUGCCUCAUCAGUUGGCUUCAUGCUAGACCCUGAGGAACUGAGUUGUAUUGUCAAGUUUUUUCGGGAACCUACCUUACUGCGCAGUGAAGGGUUCCACUUGACUAGCACAAACCAGGAGUACCAUUGUCUGAGGAGUGACAAGAACAGUAUCUACGCAAGAGUAGAGGGUGGAAAUGAGGGUGGUGUGAUCAUUGUUAAGACUAACACACUGGUUAUCAUAGCAACCUACGCUAACAAUAUGUACCCUAGUAUUUGUGUAGAGGCUGUUGAAAACUUGGCUGAUUAUUUUAGAGACAAAGCAAAGUGA